AUGUCUAAGCAGUGGCAAAACAAGCUCGAAAAUGCUUGCAAGAGCAUGCAGAUUCCUCCUCCAAAGUUCCACGUUGUGUCAGACCGGAGAGGCGGCCGUACUGCUUGGUCUGCCCGUGUGGAAAUAAACGGGCAGUUCAUCGACGCCAGGUUCUGGUUCGACGGCAAGAACCUCGAAAACGCCAAGGAGGAUGCCGCUGAAGUGGCCCUGAACCGCAUGAUCGCAACGAGAUUGCCAUCAUCGGCAUCAAGCCGGGGUAGCCUCUGGUGA